AUGAAGUUCGGGUCGUGGACGUAUUCCGGCUUUUUCACGGAUCUCCGAAAUCAAACCUCAUCUACAGCCACGUAUCAGCCGAAUGGGGAGUGGCAACUUUUGGGGCUCGAAUCCGGACGUUCGAUCUUCUACUAUGAAUGCUGCCCAGAGCCAUAUUAUGAUGUCACAUUCACUAUCACUAUCCGAAGACGCACACUUUACUACGGGUUCAACCUUGUGCUCCCCUGUAUGUUGAUAUCAGCUCUUGCUCUUCUCGGCUUCAGCCUCCCUCCGGAUUCUGGGGAAAAGCUCAAUUUGUGUGUGACAAUCUUCAUGUCUCUCUGCGUGUUCAUGUUGAUGGUGGCUGAGGCGAUGCCCCAAACUUCUGAUGCCCUACCGUUAAUUGAGGUGUACUUCUCGUGUAUAAUGUUCGAAGUGGGGGCAAGUGUAUUAUGCACAGUGUUGGCACUCAACUUUCAUCAUCGUGGGCCCGAGCAGUAUCGUCCGAUGGGGGCUACGACGCGAAAGCUGCUCCUCGAUUGGCUGCCAUCAAUGGUAUUCCUGGAGAGACCGGCCGAUUUCUUUCCCCCAUCUCCAUGCCCUGAGGUGGAUCGACAGUUGUUGAAACAUCCUGGACAAUAUCCAAGGACUACUGUACAUCUCGAUUUAUGCUCGGGGAAGAAUGGCAAAAAAGAAGCCCCGCCAAACGUGGCCCCAACCCACAAUUCCGCGCAUAACAAUGUCGCUCCAACAUCAAAACCACCUACCUCUCCCGAGCGAUCACCACCGUAUUUGUAUACGAGAAUACCCCCGCCGCUGCAUCACCAUAAUGAAGAUGAGCAUCAACCUCGGAACGGGUCGAUAGAUAGGGGUCUCGAGAAGAAGAUGAUUACGAUGGCUCGAACUCACAUGGACGAUACCCAAUUCCACAGUCUCAUCCAAGAAAUAAAGGUCAUUUCCAACAAGAUCCGCAAGGAGGAGAUGAUGCACAGCGUGCGCGGCGAGUGGAUCUUUGCCGCGAUGGUCAUCGACCGGAUUUGCUUCAUCAGUUUUUCUUGUUUUCUCUUUAUCUGUACAUUCAUCAUCGGCUACAAGGCGCCCCAUCUUUUCGCC